UGCUCGUCUCCUCGGAAGCUCACUCAGCAACGAUGACCACUAUAUAUCCGGGAAACUGCCACUGCGGUACCGUGCGCUUCGAGAUCCAUCUCUCCAGUCCAUUCCAGACGACUUUCGCCUGCCCAUGUAGAAUCUGCGCGAAAAGAGGCUGUCCAUGGAUUUUCACUCAAAAUGAUGAACUGAGGUUCACCAAGGGCCGCGAUACACUAGCCAGAUACAAGACUCAGAAGGGGGAGUUUGAGGUACGCUGAACCAUCUUCACUGAUGCAGAUUUGGCCCCACUGACUUGACUUCUGCGAUUGACUUGUAACCGGUUCUAGUUCUGUGCUUCAUGCGGUACCCAGAUCACGGUCCGCAAUC